UUUGACAGACGUCCACUAUUUUGUUUACAUUCUGUUUCAAAUCGAAACGUUUUGGGAUUUACAGACUGAAAAAGAAAGAGUUUAAAAACAGAAAUGUCUGAUGAAAUACAAUGGAAACAUCCCAAAGAGCUGCUUAAACUCCAAAAACUGAAACUCCGAAAGCAAGCCCUGCAAGAACGAAUCAAGGGCACUGUAGCCCCCAAAGAGUCCAAAAAAGACUGCCUAAACAAUACCUCCCCCUUUGAAAGCAUUUUUAGCAGCAAAAAGCGGAAAAAUCCCUUUGCUGUUGCAGAUACUGCCCCAAAAAAACCAAAAAUCAAUGAAAAUGUUAUUACUCUAGCUGAUGAACCAACAUUAUUCCAGUUAAUCAACCAGAACCAAAGAGCAAGCAGUAGUGUCCUUCUGGACUCCCCUUGUAAUAAUUUAAGUGGCAUUUUUACUAGUAUUACUGUCAAAAAACAACAAACUAGUUCAGAGAAACCUACAGGGUUCCCAUGGUGCCCCAUCGACUGGACUUUAAAGAAAAAAAUGCGCCUUGUGUCUGCCUCACCAUUUUCAUGGAGCCAAAAACUGAAAAUAAGUGAAGAGGCUUCGGGGCUUACGAGUUUCACGCGUUGUUUAGACAUAGAACAGUGUGACAGUUCCCUGGACACUUCGCCAAAUGCAAAGUUCCAUCAGUGCUGCCUGUAUUGGCAACAGCCGAACCUUCCCUGGUUGCAAUUAUUUCCAAGAACGGCUGUAAGUAAAAACAAUAUUAAUGGCUUUAACUUAGCAGCAAAUGAGAAUGUGAAAACUAGUUUAUAUGAGUCAUGGACAGAUAGUUUUAAAUCUUUGUUUCAAUUGUUAAGGACCCGUCAGUGUCCGUACUUUUAUGUUUGUGCCAAUACUUUUACUGCCUUGUUUCGUGCUGCCGGUAUCUUUGGUUAUACUGAUCUGCAUGUGAUGGUUUCGCCUACAACUAGAGGCUUCAGGCAUUUAAUGCAGGGAGAAGAUAUUGAGUUUUCACAACCUUUGAAACAUUUCAGAGUUGAAGGUGAGGAAAAUAUAAAAUCCGAGGACCAGGAUGAAGAGGAGGGUCAUGUGGAGGAUUUCUUAACUGGUUUAGGAGUGAAUCCUGAAGAUAUUAAGCAUAUUAAUUACACCCAAGCAAAGAUUGAGCAUAAAACAGAGUGUCAGGUUGACAAUGGCGAUGAGAGCCUGGUGCUUAUUGAAGGGGUGGAAGUAAAUGCCUUCUUUAAUUUUUUGAUUAAUUGCAAAAGUACCAUAGCAAUUACUGGGGCCUUAGCUGGUGUUCCUCCAACCCUUUUAGCUCCUGUGGCAUUUCAUGGGGCCUCUUUAAAUGCCCUUAGAGUGCGGGAAUCCAAAAUGCACCUGGAGGGAGAUGAUUAUUUUUGUUUGGAACUCAGCGGGCCCAUAUUGCCCACCACGAUACAUAACAUAUUCAACAUGAACACCUCCUCACAAAACAUUACAGUGACUUUUGAUGACCUCGACAGCACCCAAGGAUUCAGCAAAGUGAGGAGGAAAAGUGAGAGAAAAUCAGAUGGAGGCACCUCAAUUUUUGGAAAAGCGAACUUGUCUGAUUGUGGUUUGAACUCUAAAAUUUUAAAGCAUUUUUGCUCAUCAGAUGCUAACGUGGUGUGUAACGUAGACUCAUUGAAGUUUUCUGGUGAAAGUAAGACGUAUUCCUGGAGCUGACACCUCUUAGCUAAUUUCCUUUAUUUAUUUAUUUUUUAUUGUAUGACCCAGUGAGUGCCAAUGUCCUAUAGUAUUAAGAAGUAACUCCAAUUAAAUAGAAUUGUUAUAUUAUUUAUUUUUAUAAAACAAUAAAAGUCCCUACGUCAGCUA